AUGGUAUCUUCGGAAAGUCGUGAAUGCAUUGUGUCGCCUACAAACGAACUGAGAGCUGCUGUUAGUAUUAUUGACGGAAUGAAUAAUUAUAAUCAUCCACCGCCGAGAAGAUCAUCAUUCGAUUUCGAUGAUGAACCUCAGAUGGUCAAAUUGGAUAUAGAAACGAAUAAGGGUGGAAGACCGAGAGUCGGAAGUGGCAGACGUGAACUUCAACCACUAUCGGAGAACACACUCAACAUGUUCGCUUGCAUUGUUGCGACCAUAAUUGCAGCCCUCGCUAUCUUUGGUCUCAUCAUCACCCUUUUUGUUCUGGUUUUGAAGUAA